UCCUACCCUCUCUCCCUCCCUCGCCGCGGCCGAAGGAGCGCGCAGGCGGCGGCUGGCAGCCCCGGCAGGUUCGGUGGAGCGCAGCUCGGUGGAGCGUUGCGGAGCGGGCUCCGGCCUCGGCCCCCGCCCCCCGCCGGGGCAGCCGGUGCAGCGGUUUUGGAGGCUUGCUUGCUGGUCACCACAUGCUGAGGCCAUGGCACUGAGGCUCCAGGGAACCGGGUCGCCCUCUCUUGUUAGCGUUGGAGUCCUAGUCCUGGUUUUGGCUCUCCCUGCUGAUGCUGGGCUUUCUCAGAAGCAUGUUUCAGAUGUCGUUGAUGACAGCAAAGACAACAUCACUAUUUUCACCCGCAUCCUGGAUAGGCUGCUGGAUGGAUACGACAACCGCCUCAGACCUGGACUUGGAGACAGCGUAACUGAAGUCAAGACAGACAUUUACGUGACGAGUUUCGGCCCUGUCUCGGACACAGAUAUGGAAUACACUAUUGAUGUCUUUUUCCGGCAAUCUUGGAGAGAUGAAAGGCUGAAGUUUGAUGGUCCCAUGAAAAUACUUCCCCUGAACAACCUGCUGGCCAGCAAGAUCUGGACUCCUGAUACCUUUUUCCACAAUGGGAAGAAAUCUGUUGCCCACAACAUGACAACACCCAACAAGCUGCUGCGUCUGGUGGACAAUGGCACCCUCCUGUACACCAUGAGGCUAACGAUCCAUGCAGAGUGCCCCAUGCACCUGGAGGAUUUCCCAAUGGAUGUGCAUGCUUGCCCGCUGAAAUUUGGGAGCUAUGCCUACACAAAGACAGAAGUGGUCUACACCUGGACACUGGGGAAGGAUAAAUCAGUGGAAGUAGCAAAGGGUGGAUCUCGUCUGAACCAGUAUGACCUCCUGGGCCAUGUUGUUGGGACAGAGAUGGUUCGAUCCAGCACAGGGGAGUACGUCGUCAUGACCACACACUUUCACCUCAAGAGGAAGAUUGGGUACUUUGUGAUCCAGACCUACCUACCCUGCAUUAUGACAGUCAUCCUCUCCCAGGUCUCCUUCUGGCUUAACAGGGAGUCUGUUCCUGCCCGGACGGUUUUUGGUGUCACCACCGUUCUCACCAUGACCACACUAAGCAUCAGCGCAAGAAACUCAUUACCUAAGGUGGCGUACGCGACGGCCAUGGACUGGUUCAUAGCCGUCUGUUACGCCUUUGUGUUUUCUGCGCUGAUCGAAUUUGCCACCGUCAACUACUUCACCAAGCGCAGCUGGGCUUGGGAUGGCAAGAAAGUACUGGAGACCCAAGAAAUGAAGAAAAAAGAGCCAGUGGCACUAGCGAAGAAAGCCAACAACACCUACAACAUUGUUGGCACGACAUAUGCCCUCAAUAUUGCCAAGGACCCUGGCUUGCCCACAAUCUCCAAGAGUGCUGCUGCCACUGCUACUGCCACCAACGUAGCCCCCAAGAUGCCCCGCAUAGAGGAGAAGUUCCCAGAGAGUAAGAAGACAUACAACAGCGUCAGCAAGGUAGACAAGAUGUCCCGCAUUGUCUUUCCAGUCCUCUUUGCUAUUUUCAACUUAGUCUACUGGGCCACCUAUGUAAACCGGGAGUCAGCUAUCAAGGGAAUGAUCCCCAAACAAUAA